GAGUAAACUAAAACAAAAAAAACUUUUAUGAUUCUAUUCGAAAACUCAAUACGCCUCAUUGGAAAAAAAACUUAUUAUUUAUUAUGACCAAGAUGCCGCGCGGGAACGAGAAAAAAUACCUUCAAUUCCUUGAGUUAUAUAAAAAAGCAUAUUCAACACUUGAAAAACAAAAGCAGUAUCAGCAAGCACAAGAGUUGUGAAAAAUAGUAAAAAACAAUGAAUCCUUGUAUGAAAAAAAAAAUAAAUGAGUUAAAAGAGAAAGUAACAAAGUCGAAAGUAUCACUUAUGUCAUUCUGGGGAAAUACCAUUUCACCACCUAGCAAAAAGAAAAAAGAUAUCCAUCCAGCGCCGUCUUCGUCAAAUGAAACACGAAGUUUCCUAAAUGCAACUACGACAGAGCCUGCAAGGAUUGAAAUUAAUUUAACAGACAACAAAAAAGAAAGAGAAAAUCCGGCACAAGUUAGGAGUCGAAAGAAAAUCUCAGAUCUUGAAUCACAACGUGCAUCCUUGAUAGUCGUACGUGAUUCUGGUUUUUCUACCGUAACAAAGGAACAAAUAAACACUGUGAAAGAAACCAUAAGAAAAGAAAAAACAAAAUUGGACAGAUUGAUUCGUGAAUCAGCUCGUCAAAGAAAACGAAGACAAAAACUUAAAGAGAGCAUCGAAACUGUGUGUCAGAACAUCCCUGAAGCAUCAAGUGCUUUGAAACAGUUUAGUCGAAACCAUACUGGACGACCGCGUCUCGAAGUUGACCAACCAGAGCUUUUAUCAACAAUUAUAAAAAUUGUGCAAAAUUUAUCAGCAGCUGACGAACGUCGAAGAACAGAAUGUCUCCGUAGCGUCUCCACUUUAGAUGACCUUCAGGAAGAGUUGACAAAGAUAGGCUUUACCUUGAGUAGGAGUGGUUUGUACCUUCGUCUUUUACCACCACGUGGAAACACUUCUGAAGGAAAAAAACAUGUCAGCACAGUUCCAGUAAAGCUGUUACGUCCAGAAAACUCAAUGCGAAAAAAAAAAUGACGAUAGAAUGUUUGCCAAAUCAUUCAUUGACGACAUGUUCGAAGUUUGCAAAUUGUUUGGACCAAAAGCUGUGCUUUUCAUUUCCAACGAUGAUAAAGCCAGGGUCCCAUUGGGUAUUGCUGCAGCAAGCCUUCAAGCGCCGUUGCUGAU